CCGGGCCGUGCGGCUGCGGCGCCGGGGAUGCUCGUGCUGGGCCGGGCCUCUCUCUCCUCAACUUAGGGUGGAGGCGGGCCCGUGCUCCUGGCUCCCGGGCCAUGGCGCUGAGGGAACUCAAAGUGUGUCUGCUGGGGGAUACAGGUGUAGGUAAAUCAAGUAUUGUGUGGCGGUUUGUGGAAGACAGUUUUGAUCCGAACAUCAACCCAACAAUAGGGGCAUCUUUUAUGACCAAGACUGUCCAGUACCAAAAUGAGCUACAUAAAUUCCUAAUCUGGGAUACAGCUGGACAAGAACGAUUUCGUGCCUUAGCACCAAUGUACUACCGAGGAUCGGCUGCAGCUAUAAUUGUUUAUGAUAUCACAAAAGAAGAGACAUUUUCAACAUUAAAGAACUGGGUAAAGGAGCUUCGACAGCAUGGCCCACCUAAUAUUGUAGUUGCCAUUGCAGGAAAUAAGUGUGAUCUUAUCGAUGUCAGAGAAGUCAUGGAGAGAGAUGCUAAGGACUACGCUGACUCCAUUCAUGCAAUUUUUGUAGAGACCAGUGCAAAAAAUGCGAUAAACAUAAAUGAACUCUUUAUAGAAAUUAGUCGAAGAAUUCCAUCCACUGAUGCCAACCCGCCAUCUGGCAGUAAGGGCUUCAAACUCCGAAGACCACCAUCAGAGCCAAAACGAAACUGCUGUUGAGGAGCCUCGGCCUCUCAGACUUGCUGAAGUAGGUGAGCCUGGAAGUUGGCAGCAGGGCUUCGGGCCCUGCCGAGCUGCUCUUGAGUCUUCUUUGUACAGAAAGGACUCACAGAAAUUGACCAGUUCUGUUCUCUUUGAAGACUGCAGCAGUGUAUUUCAGUCUGCGGACUUGUAUUGUGUCAAGACUUUCUGGUGUACAAAGGGACUAUGUCAUUGGCUUUUGACCUUGCUGAAAGGAACAUCUAAUUGUACGGGUGGUAGGUUUAAAUUGCUGAGUACUUUUGUAAUCAAGACUUUAUGUAACAUUUGUAAAGGGAAAAUUAGCACUUUCACGGUCCGUGAGGGGUAAAAAGACUUUGUGGAGAUUAUCAUUUCCUUGGUUUCCUAUAGCCACUGUUAGAGGGAGUUGUAUCAUGUAAAAUGUGGUAGAAUUUUGCAACUUGGGGAGCUGGCAGUUAUUAUUUUAAAUAAAAUGGGUUAUUUGUGGGAUGGAUGGAGACGAUCACGUCUCUGCCAUCUCUGAAACACUUUCAUUGAGUAUAUUAACCGUAGACCCAUGCAGUAAGCUGACAACACAGCAGCAGCUACCCACCUCAUCUUGGGUUUGCUUCUGAUUCUGUCAUGUGUGUGGCACCAGACACAUUAUUGGCACCUCUUUAAGCUCUUGUGAACACGGCGGUAGAGAGAAGCUACCUGGAAUAAACUGAAUUGCAUAUAUUCUAAACUGACUAGCAUAAAAAAGAGGAAAAAAACUAAAGGAAGUAAUAUAAAUGCUAUCCAUUUUUUAUUUAACCCAAGUAUUUUGGUGGGGAAAACGAGAUGCUUAGCAUUUGUAAAGUUGUAGUCUGUAUUUAUGAGACCAUUGCUUAAAGAUUAUAAGUUAUGUAAAUACAUUAAUGAAUUGUUUCAUUCAACUCUCCAUUUAAUUUUGCACCCAAUCUUACAUAUGCCCACCCAUUUUCAGCCUGUCUGUGGGGUACUCUGAGGUACAUUUAUGUUGUGCAGAGAAAUAAGAGCACUUAGCUCACAGUCUUUCAUGGUUUCUCUGCCCUCCUUUCCACCCAUGCUCCUUUCCUCAGCAUCUCAUCUGGAAAUGAUAAUAAAAGACACGCUACUUUGACAAGCCUGACUAGUCCUUACUAGCCUGCAGUAAAGGAGUGAGCUCCAAGCUCAACUCCUUUACCUGGUCUUGGUAAUUUCUGUUAGCUUUUACAGCAACCUCAGACCAACUGUUUGAAGAGCACUUUCCUUGUUAACAAUUUAGCUUAUCUUUCUGUUCCCUUUAUUUUCCCCCGCUUCUGUUAGUGGUUAACAACUCUUUUCCCUCAGGGAGCCUAAUGAGGUUUUUAAUACAAUCUAAAAAUAAAGCACUGAAGUGAAGUUGGUGAAAAUUUGUUCCUGGUCUAAUUUGGUACCCUUCCAACCUGAGUAUUAUAAGAGAAGGAAAUUUACAAGAUUAAAUAGGAAAUUAAACAGCUUGAAUUUCAAACUAAAUUGUGUUUUCAGAGCUAUCCUUAAACUGAACAGUCGAAAGUUUUAAACAUAAUUAUUUCUUUGUGCCCCCCACUUGAUAUGGAUAGAUUUAAAUGGGAAAAUUAUAACUCAGAUUAAGUAAAAAAACAAAGCCUUUUCCUGGUUGUAUAUCUUAAGCAUUUGAGAUUGUUUUGUGCUCACUAAAAUCAUAUAGAAAGAAUGCAAUUAGUGAAAAUUCUAAUGCUGUUUUGUAUAAAAUACAUGUAGAUUCUAUCUCUUCCUAGUAUCUGGUUUCCAAGCCAGCAUCAAAUUAACAAACUUGUAGAGAAACCGUGUGAUUCCCAGGGCUGGGCUCUUUAUACCUAAGGGUGGCUUGAUUACAUUUUAUGCAUCUUCAGGUGAUUCCAGGGCAUGCAGGCACUGCCCUGGUCUGUCCCAAGCAUUCCCACUGCUAGGUCUCUGUCUCCAUGACAACAAAACAAAAACAGCGAUUUCUUAACUCAUUACAGAGGAGGCCAUGCUUGUAUGGCCUUUUCUGCCUUAUUUCACCAAAAAGCACACAUUUGUGACCUUCACCAGACUGGCCACUAGAUGCUACACCACCGGUAAACUCGAAGUCUUCUGAGCCUCAUCUGAAUGCCUGUGGUCACAGUUGAUGUUCCAGCCAAGGGCCCUUUACAGCUGGUUUCUCUUUCUGACUUUCAUGCUCCUGUCCACAUGUAGGGAGUGAUUCUGCUUGACCAUAGCCACGUGUCUUACCAACAGCACAAGUGGCAUGGGGUUUGUGCUCGUGCGUUUCUAGGACCUCUUUGCCCUCGUUUUCAUCAGUCUGUCCAAGAAAUUGAUCGGGUACUGUUUCUCUUGUUGUAUCAUUCCAGUACUUAACAAUGAUGACAUUUGUAUCUCAGCUCCAUAAUUCAUACUCAGUGAAAGCAGGAGGAAAAGGUCUUCACUUACUUUGUUUGCAUCUAAAAUGCAAAGAUGAUUAUUGAAGUCAAAUCAGUGCUUUAUUUUGAACACAUUUUCAAUUAACCUAAGCAGUGAUCAAAAAAUUAUGAGAAAUUAUUAUGAGAAAAAGCUAGACUUCAGAGAAAUUAAGACAUAGCCCAUCCAUAAAAAUCUUUUGGUUCCCUCAUGACACAGCCAUUUUUUAAAACUUUGGGGACCAAACAGAAGGGAAAAAUCAUUAAUUAGCUGCAAGUGUGUGUUGAUUCUUUUCAAAAUUAAAAUAAGCUCUUUGUAGGUGUCCAAUCCUAGAAACCUUUGGUCUCCAGAUCUCUCCUUUUACAUAAGUGUUUUUCUGAUUCUGUGAUAACUAAUUAACUAUCAUGUGGUGAUUAAAAGAACAUAAAGUAAGAGUAUGAUUAAGUCUCCUUCAUUGUAAACUCUCUGUAAGAAGUGACUGGGGAGAAGGACCUACUGCAAGCCCUUCUGUUUCCAAGUGAGACCUCCAUCACCCGCUUGUCAGCCACAGUCACGAUAAGUUCUGCACAGAGCAGCUGCAAGAUUUAUUCCUUUUAAAAUAAUGUACAUCCUUCUUCUCUGUUUAUGAUGCCUCUUCUCUCAUUGUGCUCAUAUUUUCUGGAUGCCUACCCGUGUCUGAAAGGAUCGAGCCUUUUAUGUUAGACUUGAUCUCCUUAAGUUGGCCAGUGUCCUUGUUGAGGUUAUCAGUUCUCUUUAUUUUUAAAUAUAUAAAGGGGAAGAAAACCACAUUUAAUUUUAGAAUUUCUCUUUUAUAUCAAUUUCUUGUCUCGAGAAAGAAAAUAUAUCUAAGAGGCCUCCAAAACUGAGAGAUGGAGGAAUGAAAAUGUCUUUACACAACUAUUCCAUGGCUUUGCUGGAACUAUCAACCUGGAAUGUGUGUUUUCAUGGCUUUGAGUGUAGAGGACAAGUCAGGUUCAUAGUAACACUGCAGUCAUUGGUAUGUUGGCCUCCAAAAGGCAUUUGCUCGAUUACAUGCACCUUUUAUAUUCUAAGAUUGGGUGGCUAAUGAUUAUAGGAAUUGUGUUUCUCGCUGUUCCACUCAUCCUCUCAGAGCAAGGACAUGACACAUGGGCCCUUACAUCAUGAGCUAUGGCACACAGUGUGUUACUUCUGUAACAGAUGAGCCCCUAAACAUCCAGCUGUUUCUAAGACCUGUGUAAAAUAAUGAAAGAAUUAUUUUUUUUCCAGAGAAAAGUUACUGGAAAUCCUUUAGCUUUACCGACACUAAACAUCAGCUGUAGAGCAUUUGGAGGGAUGGCAGCCCCACACUCAGGCCAGCCCUCCUUCCUAAGCUCAUUAGACUGUGAAUGUCUGUCCUGGCUGACAGGUGAAACCUAGAUAGCAUAAGUGAUUUAAAUUUGUUUUAAAGGGGUGAGCAACACAAUUUUUGUUUACUGUCUGGUUUUUAGGAGAUACUCUACCUCUUAACAGUUAAUAGUUUCUAAAGGAAGAAAUGCAAUGUACCUGCCUUCAGUCAGCUUGGCUCAUCAAAAAAAAAAUUGUAAUGGGGCUCAGCAGUAGAGCACUAGCCUAGCACUUGCAGAGCCCUGGGUUCUAUCCCCAGCACUGCAAAAAGAAAAAAAUUGUUUUUAAUGAUUCAAGGUAAUGUUGGGACAUCCUCUGAUACUAUGAUUAAAAAUAUUCCAAACAGAAGUUAUAUAGGAGAUAAUUAUAUAAGAGAUAAACAGUAUACUGUAUAGUUUUAGAAAAGGGAAGUGGGAGUGGAAUUUAGCCUAGGACUUAAAAACAAUCUCUGCAAAUUUCUUUUGACAGCAGAGUUACUUGUCUUGGCUUCCAGUAAUAGAAAACCAGGCAAUUUGAUUAUCUGAUUUGCAAGAAAUGUUAAUAAAAUUCCGGGGCAUUUUGUCCUGUUUUAUAUGCAAAUGAAAAUCUAAAAAAUAUUAGAAAGGCAUUAUGUUUUUCAUGAGCCUCCAAUUUUUUCAUCUAAGAGAAUGAAAAGUGAGAGACCUGUUGUGAUGAAGUUUCAUUAGACAUAAUGAGAAAAGUGAAUAAAUAGAACCCAGAAUAGCCAUAUUUCUCAGUUCAAACUUCAGGACUCUUCUCACACGGGAAAAUGAUUUACUUCCUAAAUCUAGAAGGACUUUCAGUAGCAUAGAUCAAAUUUAAUUUGAUGAUCUGAACCAUCAAAAAUAACUAAUAUCUAUGUUCUUUCCUUUCAGAAUAUAAUCAGUUAUAGAUAUGCUAAAAUAUUUUUGGCUCCAAAACAAAAGGAGGUAUGAGCCCGGGAUUUAGCUCAGUGGUUCCGCUGCCUGCCUUGCAAGCUCAAGGUCCCGAGUUUGAUCCCCGGUACCAAAAAAAAAAAAAAAAGGUAAAGUUUAAUUUUAAAAAUCAAAACACUUUCAUCUGUUACUUUUAUUAUAUUGAGCAUUUUCAAUAGCAAGAUUAGGAUAUACCAACAGUAGAUGGUGAAAUUAAAACCAGGAUGUGUAACAGAUUUAAUACAAAAAAUUUUAAUUUGCUGCUAGUUCAUUUUGAGAUCUGUAUGAUGCCCUGUGCCUCAUCAAAAUGUUCCAUAAUUGCAGUAAACAAAAGUCUAGGUAGCUUUCUGUGAAGGAAGAUUCAGUUUCCAUGUUCUUUCUGGCAAGUAAUGGGAAGUCCUCAGAUAGUAAUUUUGGAGAGAGCCUUCUUUAGUUGACAGUUUUAAACUGUAGACCUUAAUGUCUUCCUUAAUCAUGCAACAGAAACAGUACAUGCUGGUUUCAUUGAAGCCACUUCUUGAUUCAGGAACUUUCUAGUGUUUAAGGAAACCUUAAUGCAGAACUUUGGGGGAAAUUAUCUUUAAAGUAGCAUUUUGUGUAUGGGGCCGAUGAUCUUCACUUAGAACUGAAAUUGUGAAGGAAACGGCUGCAGCCUUGGGUGUGCCUCUGCCCGAGGCUGCUGCCCCCAGCUGAGGCGGGGCCACUGGGCAGUGCACCUGUGCCACUUGGGAGCGUCGUCAGCCCCUCUGCCCACGCUGAUGUCCGACUUUGCUCUGGGGCCUCAACUUAGUAUAUUUGGCCAUUAUCAAUUUUUCAUUAAAUCUUUACUUAAGUAAUUAUUUGUAUUCCCUGGAAUUUUUUUAAAGCAGCACUUGAAUUUGUUUACCUUCACUUACUUUGUAUAUGAAGUUAUUACAAAGUUCAUGAAACUUUCUUAUCUUAGAUCACACACAUGACAUCUGGUGUCAGAGGGACAGUCAACUAAGAGUAGGGGAAGUUAUUGGCAGCUGGCUAGUCAGAAUAACUGAUUAAAGACUUUUUUUAAACCAUUUGUCGUACUGUGUAGACAGAGCUUUCUCACCCUGAAAGAGGUUGUUUGGGGUUGUGUUUUUUGGUGGUUGUUUUGCUGUCAUCCAGCUCAGUCUUUCCAUCUUUUCACUUCAUGAGUCACUCACAUAGUCAUCAGUCAUUCCUCUGACUUUGAACAUCUACAUCUACCUUCUCUGUGACUGAAGCAGGCUUCUAGCCUUACUUCCUUUACUACUCACGGUUUUCUGAAGGCUUUCCCUGGGAGACAUGCUGCUCCAGCCACUUCCCAGCACCCGUGACAGUAGUGCAUGUGGCCUCCUGUGGUUGCAAUGGCAGGGUUGGCCCACUCUGUGCAGCUGGAGGCAAGCUACAUGCAGACAGUGAGAAAUGCAAAGGCCAACUUAGGUGAAGACCUGCAGGACUUGAGGAAAGGAAUGGGCAGCAUUCACUUCAAUGGGAACACAGCUGAGUGACAAAAUACUUCUCAUUGGUGAUAGGAUAAUCAGCUUAAGCAUUAGAACUUCACUGAGUUUGUAAUAGACCUUUGUUAAAGUGUGUAAAAAUCCAAGUCAGAAGAGAAACAGCUGUGGAGAUGAGCCUGGACAUUAAAAAAAAAAAAAAAAAAGCUAAGCCGUCAUACCAGCAAUUCUUAUUUCUCCUACGAAUAUCAUGCCUUUUCAAGACCUGAUGCAAGGAGUAAGAUAUUUGUGCCUUUUUAGAGUAGCACCUAUUACAAAAAAAAUUAAGUUGCUUACAAUGUUGGCCGCUUUGUAACACUACAAACAGCCAGAUUUAUAGCUGUGGCUUCACACUGCAUGAUAAACUGCCUGGUUACCUGUAAUGAAAUACUGUAAUGAUGGUUUGCCAAGCUUGUAUGGAUGUUUGAAGACCUUAUUUUUGCAGUCCUAAUCUUAGGCUGGACCUAAGUCUAUGUAAACCAUAUGAUGUCUGUAUUGUUUGUAGAUGCUAACAAAACAAAACUAAACCUUUUGCUUUUUGUUGUAUAAUUUUUCUUUUUAUACUUAACGCUAGUACUAGAUAGUUUGCAAAUGAAGGCAGAGUUGGUAUACUUUUCGAUGAUACUGUUUUAGCUUGAAUAUUCUAUAAUACACUUCUUAUAGAGUAUCACAUGCUAAAUCACUAUAAAAUUUGUUCUAAGAAGGGUGUAAACAUUUUGUUAAUAAAAUACUAUGUUUAUAAAUAUA